UAUUAAUCUAAAGGAAUUAUGGAGGAGGAUAGAAACAAAUAUAGUUAUCCAAAAACACCUAUAAAAAACUCAAAUCUUCAGAUUUGGAAAACAAGUACGAUUCAAAUCAAGAGUCAUCCUAAUGCUCCUCAAACUACCUUGGUCCGCUCUCCUCAUAAACGUAAAAUCAGAAUGGUCAAAAUCACAAAAGCCCUCUCAAAUCUGUCCAAAUAAAGGAAUCUGCACCAGGACGAAUAAGAAGAAGAAAGUUAAGAAACGGAUCUCAGAGAAGAGCUUAAAACGAUCGAUGAGACUCAGGAAAGAGACUGGAGUGGCCAGAGUGGAUCUUGAGGAGGUAGGGAGACAGCAGAGGGGCAGUGAAGAGGAUGGUAUGAUGGAUCAGAAGUCGAUUGAUAAUAUUCUCAACAUCUUCGAGGACAUAGGUGACGAUUUUGAAGGAAUUGCUAAUGACUUCACUGAGACUCUUAAGACCCCUAAAAAGUCUUACUCUCCCACAACUUCUCAAAGCGGUAAUUAUCGGCACUCGAUGAAAUGUCUCAAAAAGCAUUCUAAACUUGUCAAAAACAAGGAUUUUUCUCAUCGAGAUCCUCUGGACUCAACCCAGACUAAAAAUUUCAAAACUCUGAUGAAUUUUGAAGAAUAUACAAAAGGUGGGAGGCGAACCUUCAAGAGUAAGAAGAUACCCAAAAGCCAGUAUAUCCCUUUCGUUGUCUACAGAUCUACUAAGAAACUUACCAAAUCUAAAGAGUUUACCUUCGAGACUCAGCAACGGUCUCAAAGCAGAAAACGAGAAAACUCAGAGUAUUAUAAAACACCAACUAAGAAAUCUCGAUCUUCAAUGAAGGAUUUAUGCCAAAGUGGAGGAAAAAGCAUACUUUCGAAGUCAAUGAAGAUGCCUAAGAAGCCAAAGCCUAGAAGCUCAAUGAAGCUCAGUAAAAGGAUGAGUCUUAAAUAAUUACUCAU